GCAAUCUCGGGUAGCCGUCCCAAUCCUCGAUCUGUUCUCAAACCCUCCUCCGUCCGUCACAGCUCCAGAUUUCCUUCCCCAUGGCUCCGAUCAAGAUCGGCAUCAAUGGUUUCGGCCGGAUCGGCAGGCUUGUGGCCAAGGUUGCGCUCCAGAGCCCCGAUGUCGAGCUCGUCGCCGUCAACGACCCCUUCAUCACCACCGACUACAUGACCUACAUGUUCAAGUAUGACACUGUCCACGGACAGUGGAAGCACCAUGAAGUUAAGGUGAAGGACUCCAAGACCCUUCUCUUCGGUGAGAAGGAGGUUGCUGUGUUUGGAUGCAGGAACCCUGAGGAGAUCCCAUGGGCUGCUGCUGGUGCUGAGUACGUUGUUGAGUCCACCGGUGUUUUCAUCGACAAGGAUAAGGCUGUAGCUCACAUUAAGGGUGGUGCCAAGAAGGUCAUCAUUUCUGCUCCCAGCAAGGAUGCUCCCAUGUUUGUCUGUGGUGUCAAUGAGAAGGAAUACAAGUCUGAUAUCGACAUUGUCUCCAACGCUAGCUGCACCACUAACUGCCUUGCUCCUCUUGCUAAGGUUAUCAAUGACAGGUUUGACAUCGUUGAGGGUUUGAUGACCACAGUUCAUGCCAUCACUGCAACCCAGAAGACUGUUGAUGGUCCUUCCAGCAAGGACUGGAGAGGUGGAAGGGCUGCCAGCUUCAACAUCAUUCCAAGCAGCACUGGUGCAGCAAAGGCUGUUGGCAAGGUGCUCCCAGAGCUUAACGGAAAGUUGACUAGAAUGGCCUUCCGCGUUCCCACUGUUGAUGUUUCUGUUGUUGAUCUGACUGUUAGACUUGUGAAGCUAGCAACCUAUGAUCAGAUUAAGGCUGCUAUCAAGUGA